UUUCUGCUAGAAAAAUUUAGUAGAAUAGUUGUUUUAACUCAAACAGAGUGAAGAUCCCAAGAAAAAAUAUGGCUAUCAGGACAUCGUUGGUUUUUUUGUUGGCCAGUUUCGUAUGCUCGGCAUACAGCCAAUUGCUUACUCCCAUUGGACGUGCCAACAUUGAGAUUACAGAUAGGCGAUUCCAAUGCGACAGAAUUGAAUGUCCCAUGGAAACGGAACGUUGCGUGGUUACCAAAGAGAAACACCCACAAUCCGACUGGAUGCUGGUUGUCAGCAACCAAUGCUACUCUCAGGAUGGCACCUUGUUGAAAAAGGCUGAAAAACAACAAUCGAUCGAUCCCAAGGUCCAUGUCAAAAUUCAUCUUGAAGGUCGCCGCAUUUAUGGAGACCGCCCCAGCGUCGGUGAAAAUGAUGCCGACGACGAUGAGGGAGAUGAUGCCUUCAACCGAGCUGUGGAUGAACUCAGCAAGGAUUUCGAUCUUAAUUAAGCUACUUGCUAAAAUCAAAAUCAUGAUUUAUUAAUCUAUUCUAUAGAAUUCAAGAAGAGACAUUAAAGCUUUGUAGAAAGAAA